AUGAUGCUUCUCCUUUGUUGGCUCUGCCUCUUUGGGGCACACUUUGUAGCAGCCCAAUUUCAAAGCAUCAUCCCAGGAGGAAAUGACCUGACAUUUACAAUCCACGUUCCUGAAACUACAGCAAAUUCGGGGAAGGGGCCGAUAUUCUUUCAGAUGAAUUCUACCAGCCCGGUAAAAUGGUUCGCACUCGGACAAGGAACUGGAAUGAGCGGAGCCAACAUAUUCGUUGUGUAUACAGCUGGGAGCAGCAGCGACAACGUGACAGUCUCGCCCCGUCUCGGAAAGGGCCAUAUUGAGCCAGAACAUAAUUCGGAUGCAGAUGUGUCCGUGCUGGGUGGUAGUGGAUUCUUCAACCAGGAAAGAAUCACGGCCAAUAUUCGAUGCGAUAGUUGUAUAAGUUGGGAUGGGGGCAGUUUGGACUUGACCAGCAGCUCGAGUCCUUGGAUCUGGGCUGUCAAAUAUGGGGACCCAUUGAGUACGGAUAGUGUAUCGGCAGAGUUGACCGAGCACGACGACAAGGGAACCGCCACUGUCAACCUGAAAAAAGCGACAGGUGCUUUGUCAACAAGUUCGGACUCGAGCGCCAACCCAUUUGCUGUUUUGUCGAGCGCAACGGUCACAUCGGCAGAAACCGAGGAUUCCGUUGAUGGGAAAAGUUUAAAGAAGCGACAAUUAGCACAUGCGAUUGUGAUGAUCUUGGUCUUUGUCAUCUUCUUGCCGUUCGGGGCGAUGGCACUCUAUGUUUUCCCAUCAACCAUCAUGACGCACGCGGUUUUGCAGCUCGUCAAUCUGGUGCUUGCAAUUGCAGGAAUGGCACUUGGAAUCACAAUGGCUCAAGAUCUGGAUUUGAUGCAUAAUCACCAUCCCAUCAUUGGGAUGAUCGUGGUUGCUGGUCUGGUCGUUUUCCAACCCGCGAUGGGACUUUUGCAACACCGACAUUUCCGCAAAAGUGUCGGGGAUGGAAGUUCUGGGAAGGGGAUAUUUGCAUAUCUGCACCGAUGGUUUGGCCGCGCAAUGAUCGUACUGGGGAUCAUCAACAUGGGAUUCGGGUUCCAAUUAACCGGGUUUCAGGAUCCAUAUUCGCCGCGAGGGGCGUAUUUACAUCGCAAGUCUCUCCAUGACAAGCCCUCCGUUCAUAUCACCUACGAUGAAGGAAUCCAGAUCACCCGACAGUUUCUAUACUAUGCCUCCAAGCACCCUGUCGAAGAUAUCCAAGCGUUCACAAGCCAAUGGGUCCCGAGUCCGCAUUGGGUGAGAACCGAGACCGUUAUUAUCCCAGAUGACGAGCUUUCGACUGCCGGAAAAGCGAUCUCCAAGCAGCUCGGCCCGAAGGGUAUCAAGCGGGUCGGCGGCGAGGAAUGGUGGCAAUGGCGUGGUCCAUCAGAGGACCUCAAGGGGGAGUGGAUCGAGAUGCGCAAUCAUUACAAUGAGAACAAGAAGUCCAAUGCGCGAAGCAAUCGCAUCAUGCUCUACAUCCAUGGCGGUGCAUACUUCUUCGGCAGUGUGGACACCCAUCGGUACAUGAUGCAGCGUCAUGCGCGUAAGCUCAACGGUCGCGUGUUCGCUCCGGAGUACCGUCUUGCUCCCCAGUUCCCCUUCCCAUGUGCAUUGCAAGAUUGCCUGGCAUCAUAUUUGUGGCUGCUGAAACAUUACGACUCGAAGGAAAUUAUUAUUGCGGGCGACUCGGCGGGUGGAGGCAUGGCGUUGUCGUUGAUGGUCAUUAUGCGCGAUCAGGGGAUCCCCUUGCCCGCUGGGGCGAUCCUCAUUUCCCCAUGGGUGGACCUCACCCACUCCAUGCCCAGCAUCGUCGCAGAUAACCCUGGUGACUAUAUUCCUCCCUAUGGUUUUCGACACAAGCCAUCAACGGCUUGGCCGCCGCCGAAUGCCGAUGAAAUCUUGAAAAUCAAGCAACUCUCCCACCAACCUACCCUCACCGCAAAAGACGUGGAUAAAACAGUCCCAGCCCCUAAUAGCAAUGCAGAGGAGACAGCUGUUCAUGGAUAUACACUACAUGAGAAGAAAGCGAUUGCUCCAGGACAUGCAUAUCCCGGAAUGCAGCAAAGCACAGACCCCAACACCGUGCACGCCGAGCCUGAUAAUAUCCACAUUGAACUGGAAGGCAAGACGGUCGAACUCAAGGAUCAAAUCCAGAUGUAUACCACCAACCAACUCAUUUCGCAUCCAUUGGUCUCCCCAAUCCUUCAACCAUCCUUAGGUGGCCUUCCCCCACUUCAGAUCCUCAGUGGCGGAGGUGAAAUGCUUCGAGACGAGCAGUUUUACAUUGCACACAAGGCCGCCAAUCCUACUGCCUACCCGCCGAGCGACGUUUACCUUGACGAAUUCGACCCUGACCGUGAGAUUCUGAACAAAUAUGAACCCACCUACGUGCAGUUCCAAGUUUGGGAAAACCUGUGCCAUGUCGCGCCGACAUUUAGCUUUACUCGGCCUGCCAAGUAUAUGUUCCGAGUCAUCUCACAGUUCGGUUCUUGGGCACUCGCCCGGGCCCAGAAUGCCGAGGUGGAAAUCGUCGAUGAGAGUCAGAUUUCCCCAGUGUCUUCCAGUGGGUCGGAUGGCAGCUCAAGUUCCCGUCCUCGUGAUGGGGAUCCUUUGCCCGCCUUCUCGCACCAUAUGUUGCGUGAACGAGUUGACAAACGCGGGCGUACUUAUCCAUUGGAUCCGCCAUCGUCCUAUCCUAUUCUAGAUACUCCUCCCGAUAAAGUUGGCGCAAUUAACCCGCAACUUAUCUCAAAGUGGCUAGCUAAGAAGCAUGAAUGGGACAUGAAAUUCUCCAAGGAGAAGCUUCGGGUUCAGGGCCGACGCAUAAAAGAGAUGGCACAUGGUUUGCAAGAUUUCAACGGCGAAUGUCCUCCACCGAGCUCCUUGGCUGCUCGACGGGCCGCCCCUGGCGUACUGCCCAAACGUCACGCCAAGAAGAACUACGGAUUGAUGUUAUGGAGUGGCUGGGGCAGCAAGCACGAUGAGCGGACUCUCGAAAAAGAGAAACAGGCCCAGCAAUCUGGUCGUCGCUCAACCCGUACAAGUGUGGAUGCCGGUCAAGCAGGCUCAUAUUCGAGCACGCCCGCGAAGAAUAAAGAUGCUCACGCCAACAAAGCUUCACAGGCUACCGCUGCUGGUGCUGGUGUUGUCACUUGGGAUACUGCCAGUCAGCAGAAGCAACCCAAUGGAGAUUUCACACCCGGGCGCAUUUCUAGUGACCCAGAAGCUGCUUCUCGGCCAAUUUCGCAGAAAAGUGGUGGCCCGAUCCUCAUUCUACCUGAGGUUGACAACCACAAGCUGCAAGACGACAGCGCAAGCACAAGAGCUCUUUUCCAUGCCGCGAUGACUUCAAACGCUUCACUGCCUUACCUGAACGGUCGGCCAUCUUCAGUAGCCGGUCGCAGCGAAUUUCUGUCCGACGAUGCUAGUACCAUUGGUGGCGAGAAGGAUGUCGGCAUCCCCAAUGGUGUCACCCCCGAUGCAGCUAGCACCAGGGCAGUAAGAAAUGUCAGGGGCAUUAGCAACGUUGUCAUUCCCAACGAAGACGGACGUUUCUCGACCGAGACAUCAUCACUGCGCCCUGGGCUCUCUAUUGACGAGGCCCGAAAUUCAACUUCCCAUCGUCCGGAGAUGCCUGAUCGUGAAGUCUUCAAGACUGCCGAUGAACAACUUUGA